UUCUGUUUUAUUUUAGUUAUUAAUAUAUAUAUUGUCGAAUGUUAUUUUUAUUAAUUUCUACUUGCUGUUGCUGUCUGUUUUUUUUUUUGUAGUUUCCUGUCUAAAAUGUAUAAUAGCGGUAAUAUCAUUAUAAGAGCGUAGUCUUUUUCCGUGUCCUAUAUUUUGCGAUGAAAUCAAGAUAAGAUACACCACUAUCCUUAUUUUUAACCAUUAACGUAUUCUGUUUAGGAAAAUCAAACAACAAUUUAGUUGGUGAUAUUUGAUAUACAUGUAUUAAUGCAUAGAACAACUGCUGGCACUGGAUUUUUUAAACAAUGAUAAAUGGGAAGGAAGAGUGCAAACAAAUCCAAUGAGCCUCUUGUAUGGCAGUGGGUGGAUGAUGCUGAUCCUUCAAAAAUUGGUGACAAGGAAGUAAGAACGGCUUACAGGCUCAAUCUACCAAAAUGCACAUCAUGUAGAAAAAACUGCCAGGCCAAACCUACUUGUCUGUUUGGAUUGGGGGAAGCUCAAUGGCUGAGCUCUCCUUCUCACCUUGAGUGGGAAAACAUAGAACAGAAAUUGGAGAAACAGAUUGAAGCAGAAAAAAGGAAAGAAGGGGAGCUGGUUGGUCUAAAAAAUCUGGGAGCUACUUGUUAUGUUAAUACCUAUCUGCAGUUGUGGUAUCAUAAUGUCUCAUUUCGGAAUGCUCUUUAUAACUUGGAAUACAAAGAUGAGGACCUUGCUCUGCAGCAAACAUUGUGUGGCCAAUUACAGCUUAUAUUCGGUUUAUUAGAAAGCAGCAUUUCAAAAUCCGUAGACCCGUCUCAUUUUAUUAAGUGUCUUGGUUUGGCCACUGAUUUGCAACAGGACGCACAGGAGUUUUCAAAAUUGUUCCUUAGUUUACUGGAAAACACACCUUCCCUGUCUCAAGUCAUUAAGGAGCAGUUUUGUGGGCAGUACACAUAUGUUACUGUUUGUAAGUCCUGUCAGUCUGUUACUGAACGACCGUCUAAUUUUUAUGAACUUGAUUUGAACGUUCAGGGACACAAGGAUUUGAAAAGUUGUAUUUUGGAGUUUCUGCGUGAGGAGAAACUAGUGGGUGAGAAUCAGUACUACUGCACUAAAUGUCAAAGCAAACAAGAUGCUUUGAGGAAAAUCGCAUUAAAAAAGCUACCUGAAACUUUAAAUCUGCAGUUGUUGCGUUUUGUGUAUGAUAGGUCGAGCCAAAGGCGUCAGAAAAUUGUGACAAGUUUAACAUUUCCUGAUCAUCUGGAUUUGUCAUCCAUGGUUGAUAAGAAUGUAACAACGCUAUCUCAGAGUGAUACACAGUACAAGUUGACUGCUGUUCUUAUACAUCGAGGCUUGAGUGCAUCUUCAGGUCACUUCGUAGCUCAUAUUUUGGAACCUGAAAGUGGGAACUGGUACAAGUUCAAUGAUGAGGUCGUAGCCAAAAUGAAAAGUGGGAAAAAGCUUGACUUAGACAGUUACAAAGGAGAGGAUACUGUUUGUACAGAACUACUGCAAGAACCUGCUCCGAAAAAGAUGAAAUUAUUAAAAGGAAAUCAUUCUUCAAAAGAUGUCUACAUGUUGGUUUAUACCAAGGUGUCUGACAAAAACCUGGCAAUGGUUCCAGUUCCUGCUACAGUUCAGCAGCUUGUGGAUGAGCACAAUGCAGUGAAAGCAACUCGUUUAAAAGGAAUUCGUAAGGAAGCCGAAGAAAAACAACUGAAGGAUGUAGAACUAAGAAAGCAUAUGAUUCGUUUUAUUCAUCUUUUACAUUCGGAAGAAAACUUUGGACACCGUUUGUUGCCGACAAAAGUCCUGAAACAGUUUAUGAAUUCGGCCAAGUCGGAUGCUGUUUUUAAACCAGAGGUGAAUUACUUAUGUCAACAUGGAAAUCUUAAAGUGGACAAAGCUGUAACGCUCAAGUACAUACCAAAAAGUGCUGCAGAUAUCAUUCAAAGCACUUACCCAUUAUUCAAGCCUAUACCCGAUUCAAUGCUUUGUCAUGCUUGUGUUAAAAACCACUGUUUGCUCAUACAGGCAAAGAAAAGGCUAAAAAAAGACAAUUUGUUUGUUUCCGAAUCACUUAAAACGUUACAGAAUGGAAGUACAGAAAUGGAUACAGAUUUGUUUUAUGUGGGCAAACAGUCUCUCAAAAGGUGGCGCUCUUUAGCAAUGCAGGAGGUUCUAAAAAAAUAUGCUUCAACCUCAAAUAAUAAUAUCAUGGCAGACUCAACUGACAGUAAAAGCAAUGCAACUGGAAACAAUGAGAGCUCAGAUGAAUCUGAUGAGACCUUUAACUCUGACCUGUUAUGCAAUCAUAAUCAUUUAACCAUUGAAAAGUCUGCAUUUCAACUUGUGCCUCAUUACCUUUGGGAAAUACUACAUCAUUACUUCCCUGAUUGUGUUGAGUUCAAGUAUGCAAGUGCAGAUCCCUGUACCACUUGUCAAUCAGAUGUCUUAUUUCAUGAAAAGGAAUUAACCACACGGAAAGAAAUUGCAGCGAUUCAGAAAGCCAAUCUACAUCAAUUAUUUUUAAACAAAAACCGUCCAUCACUUGCGUUUUUAUACGAUGUUGAGUUUUCAAAGCAGCAGGCAAAUCAAACAGAGUUCUUUAUUGUUCCUUCUCAGUUUGUGGAUCAUUGGAAGGAUUUUGUUCGCCAUCCUGAUAAGAAUGAGCCUGUUGUUUCAGUUAUUAAUAAAAAUUUCCUCUGUCCACAUAACAUGCUUCUUUAUGAUCCAGCAUUGAAUCUUAAAUCUACAGAAAGCACUGUGAGUAACUGUGAACAACAGUGCGAGGUGCUAUGGUGUUCAGAAUGGCGAUACAUCAAGGAAAAUUUUAGUGUUGAUCAUGAGAUACAAAUCAGCAAAACUUUCCCAUCGGAGUGUUUUGUGGUACUUCAAAACAUGGAUCAUACCAAUUUAAAUGGAAAUGCUUCAACAAAUGGAACUGAAAUUGUUGACUUAACUGGCAGUGAUCAGUCCCCUUCGGUUAUUAUUAAAUCAGAUGCAGAAAAUCAAUCUGCAAAAACAAAUGUUGAAAAUAAAUGCAAUAUACCAAAACCAGUAGCGCGAUUGGUAUAUUCACCAGGGCUGUGUGCAACCUGCAUGAAAGGGUUGGAACAAAAAAGAUUUGAAGAAAUGUGCAAGUAUGACGAUGGUGAGAUCUAUGUAUUAAAAUCUACUCAACCCUCCCAAGAAUUUUGCAGUUUAUCAACGAAAAACAUUGAAACUUUGCCCAAGGAAACAAGGCGUGGAAAAAGGGUUCGAAGAUGCGUACGAGGGGAAAAAAAAUUAAGUAACCUGUCCUCCAAUCUAACUUUAAAAGAACUGAAAAUUCGAAUAAUGAAUCAAUUCUCAAUUCCUCCAUUUGACCAGAACCUUUGGCUCAAUGGUCGGAAAUUAACUCACGAUGACUGGACUUUGGAAAGUCUAAAGAUUAUACCAGGUUGUACUUUGAACCUUGUGGAGGACAUACCCGCACCAGACAGUGCACUGAUUGUUUAUGAAUCAGUUAAAACAACAGAACCUGAAACUGGCUUUCAAGGCACUGGACUACUUGGUUAUCACUAGUUUAUUCAUCUAAAUGUAAUAACAGCAGCCAAGUUAUUUCUUUGAAUAAAUAUUACAUCAUUCAAAAGAAUGAUUUUUUCACAAAUAAUUCAUUUUUGAUAGUCAUUUUUUUCGUUAUUUAUUUCAGUUUUAGGCAAAUGUCAUAGCUUCGUAUUCAACUAAUUCUGUAUUGCACACUAACCUUAUAAUUUGUUGUUAUUGUUUAACAUUUAUCUUUAAUGUUAAAACUCCAACAUUUUUCAAUGUAUUUUGAAUUUUUUUCAUUUAAUCUAUUUUGAAACAAUUGGCUUAGCUAUUAAAGUACUAACCAGUUACCACCACAGUUUUAAAAUUCUAUUGUUCACCCUAUUUUCAG